CGCUCAGUCGUCGCGCCUUCUGCAACGAACCAUCAUCGCCUUGCCUCGAGCAUACCGUGCAACCGUCGCUCACCUAUAUCCUCUCGUCUCAUUUCACACUCAAUAUGAUGGAGAUCUACCAAUCAUCUCGCACCCUUGACCUACCGAGCCUCGACCCACCAAGCACUAAGCGCAAGCUUCAUCGGCCCUUCGCGUUCAGUAAAGUCAGGCCGAGAUAUGAUCAAAUAAAAGAUUAUUUGGCCUCUGCGGAGCCCUUUCUUACCUUGCCUCGCCUGCUCGUCCCUUCCCGCCGAGUCAAGUACAAGCCGCCCGUCAUGCGCUACGGGUGGCGUGUAUCUCAAGACUUCCUCCUCGAUUACGCGCGGACGAAGAGGCUCACGAGGAAAUGGGGCCGUGACCUCACCGAGUACGAACGCAUGGAUCGAGCCUUGGCUACUAUCAACAAGAAAUGUGGUGCCUCGAUGUCGGACGUCAUCCUCCAAGUACAGACUACACUCUUGGAUGGCAUGGGAUGUAGAACCUUCGUCAUCUCAAUGUAUACCAACUACCAACUGAAGCGGACGGAUCUGCCGUCGCAGGACGGCAUCGAGCGGUUACAACGGGCCUUCGGGUUCGAGGAGCCUCCAAGCUGGUUCCUGGAUGGCCUGGAGUGGCAAUGGUCACGCUGGUCAUAUUGAGCAGACAUCUAUCUCUUCCUCCCAUGCGUCUCUGCGAUACCUCUGUCGAGGAUACCCCCACCAUGCUCGCUUUCGCAUUGCUCUCGCGUCGUGACAUUGCUAGUCCGUCAGCCCACGCUUGUACCUUAUCAUCCACACGGGACAUGUACGGUAGUUGUCGUCGCGUGUACGUUGUAUCAUAUAACUCAACUCUGCGGAUACAGUAUUAUUUAGCUUGAUCUUCUCGAUAUGUCGAUGUGUCUUAGAACGGCAGUUGCUCUGCUUCGGCUUGACCUAUUUCAUCUGGGUUCUGGGUUCUGUUCUGGACCGAGUUAGUCUUGUGUAGUGCUGCGG